CACGCUGCUGCUCCCGCGGCCGCGGGGGCUUCUCGGGGUCCGCGCAAACCCUGCGCUGCCCGGACCCGAGCAGAGCCUCCCCGCGGCCCGGCCGCACCAGGUCCCGAGAGGUACCAUGAUGUGGGGUGCAGGCAGCCCCCUGGCUUGGCUCUCCGCUGGCUCAGGCAACGUGAAUGUGAGCGGCGCGGGCUCAGCAGAAGGGCCUACAGGCCCAGCCGCACCACUGCCCUCACCCAGGGCCUGGGAUGUGGUGCUGUGCAUCUCAGGCACUCUGGUGAGCUGUGAGAACGCGCUGGUGGUGGCCAUCAUCGUGGGCACUCCCACCUUCCGUGCCCCCAUGUUCCUGCUGGUGGGCAGUCUGGCUGUGGCCGACCUGCUGGCAGGCCUGGGCCUGGUCCUGCACUUUGCUGCUGUGUUCUGCAUCGGCUCGGCGGAGAUGAGCCUGGUGCUGGUUGGCGUGCUGGCCACGGCCUUUACUGCCAGUGUGGGCGGCCUGCUGGCCAUCACCGUCGAUCGCUACCUGUCUCUGUACAACGCCCUCACCUACUAUUCAGAGACAACAGUGACUCGGACCUAUGUGAUGCUGGCCCUAGUGUGGGGGGGCGCACUGGGCCUGGGGCUGCUGCCUGUGCUGGCCUGGAACUGUCUGGAUGCCCGGGCCACAUGCGGCGUGGUAUAUCCACUCUCCAAGAACCAUCUGGUGGUCCUGGCCAUUGCCUUCUUCAUGGUGUUUGGCGUCAUGUUGCAGCUCUAUGCCCAGAUCUGCCGCAUCGUCUGCCGCCAUGCCCAGCAGAUUGCCCUCCAGCGGCAUCUGCUGCCCGCCUCCCACUACGUGGCCACCCGAAAGGGCAUUGCCACCCUGGCUGUGGUGCUUGGCGCCUUUGCCGCCUGUUGGCUGCCCUUCACUGUCUACUGCCUGCUGGGGGAUGCCCGCUCCCCACCCCUCUACACCUAUCUCACCCUGCUCCCUGCGACCUAUAACUCCAUGAUCAACCCCAUCAUCUACGCCUUCCGCAACCAGGACGUGCAGAAGGUGCUGUGGGCCAUUUGCUGUUGUUGCUCCUCUUCCAAGAUCCCCUUCCGGUCCCGUUCCCCCAGUGAUGUCUAGUCAUACGCUGGUGACCCUUCAGCCCUGAUCGCUACAGAAUUCCAGAAUGUUAGGCCCUCCAGGGCUUUGUCCCAACCCACCCCCCCAGCUCCACACCCCCCAAGACCCAGCUGGUUCUGGAGUUCUAGGACAUUGGAUAUUUCACAGGAUUCUGUCCAGAUCCCUACAGGGCCCAGCUGGCUCCACGGUUCUAGAAUGUUCAGGUGGCUGAGGUUCCACUCAGAAAUGUCCCAGAGCCCAGCUGGCUUGGAGUUCCAGAAUGCUGCUGGGUGAUUUACAGUGCCAUUCCAAGUCCCUAAUCUCCCCCUCCCCCUCGACCUUAAUCAUGUCACUGUACUUUUGGGUUUCUGAGCUAAAGAGUCAGAGAGGUUAGUCACUCAGUUGCCUAGAUAGGAGAAAGAAAGAAAAAUGUAUCUAUAUAUAUGUGCACAUAGAAAAAGAGUAUCUAUUUAUAAUUUAUUUAUUUACUUAUUUAUUUAUGGGCGGUAAGGGGAAGAGACCCACACCUUGAAAUCCAGGCCAUACCAGGGUACCCCCAGUCCCCACACCCCCAUUGCUGACCUCAGUUCUUAGAGGGGGGAAAGGGAGAAAGAGAAACCACGUAUUUUGUUAUUAUUUUUGCUUAUUUUUUAUCGAAGAGAUCAUAGAAACCAGAGCCUUCUCCCCGGGCCCGCCCCUCUCGGGUUUGCUGGGAGAACACACCAGCCUCUGGUUUUUUAUUUUUUUAAGAAGCCAUCACCUGAGCAACCGAGAAUUCCUCUGCGCUGGGGGCCGGCUGCCCUCUGGUGGCCGUUUGGGGGAAACUGCAGCCCAGCCAGGCAGCCGGGACCAGACGCUGCUCCACCCCAACUCCACUCCAGCCUGGCAUCCAGCGCCACAGCCAGGACCUGGGGGCCAGGCCCCACCCUGCGGUGCCCUAGAGGAGGCAGGGUGUGAGCCAACACCUGACCCCUCUGCCAACCGGGGCAUGGCCUCCAGUGCGUCCCUAUUCCGAUCCCUGACCCAUCGCUCAAUAAAAAAAAAACGAUUUUGUGAUAA